CAAUGCCGGUUUCCAAUGCAUCAGCUUUCUACAGUAGAGGGCGCCAGAUUGCUGGUUACUCUGCCACGGAUGCAUUGCUACAAUCAAGGCAUACCAACUCUAACGUCACGGUAAAGCGUACCCCUGGAUUCCUGAGCGUCUCUAACUCAAAGGUUGUACCCGAUCACAAGCUACCCGGCUGGAGGCAGAAGAGCAUCCCCACAGCAGUCAAGACGUCUCAGAUCAGUCUUCAAGGAUUCUCAAAUCUUGGUAAUACGUGUGGUGUUACAUGAACGCCAUUCUCCAGUCGCUAUUCUGUCUGGAAUGCUUCACUGCAGACAUGCAGAAUCAAGACAUCAUUCCACUCAUGCAGAAAUCAAGUCUCUACUGGUAAGACAUUUUGGGCCCCUCACGAUUGAGACUUGUCAGAGAAGAUGUGGCGUAAACA